AUGAAUCACCCCAAUCAGACCGGGUUCGAGGAUGCCUUCAGAGACAAGUCCUCUUACAUAAAACUACUCAAGUGUUUCACUGGUGAGGAUUUACAAACUUCCGGCCAGUUCGGCAGUAACGGCCUGACUGCUGAUAUAGUGACAAUCAGAUCGGAUGUCACCAUUAUUAGUGUUGAUUUCCCGGAUUCACGCUCCUGUCCCAGUGUUGAUUUCCUGGCUUCACGCUCCUGUCCCAGUGUUGAUUUCCUGGCUUCAAGCUACUGUUCUGAUGUAGACUUCCCGGCUUCACGCUCCUGUCCCAGUGUUGAUUUCCUGGCUUCAAGCUACUGUUCUGAUGUUGACUUCCCGGCUUCACGCUCCUGUCCCAGUGUUGAUUUCCUGGCUUCACGCUCCUGUCCCAGUGUUGAUUUCCUGUUUCCAAAGGGAGGUAACUCUCGAAUCAUCAUGGCAGAGAGUUUUUCGGUGAUGCGUCAGAUUGACCAACAGUUACUUAGUUGUGGGAUAUGUUUGGAGAGAUACAUAUCACCGAAGGUCUUGCCCUGUCUACACACAUUCUGUCAGAAGUGUUUGGAUAGCUACAUCCCACCAGAAAGUCUUUCCAUAACCUGUCCCAUUUGCCGACAACAGUCUAUACUACCACAAGAGGGCGUUGAAGCUCUUCAAUCGAACUUCUUCAUCACGAAUUUGAUCGAGGUGAUUGAAAACCCUAAGGUGUGUCGGGAUUGUGGUAAGGAGAGCGGGACGUCCAUGUCUAAAUGUGUUGAAUGUGGAGAUUACUUAUGUGAAAAGUGCACCGACUCUCAUCAGACCGAGGACCUAACGAAAGAGCACAACGUCAUACUGCUAGCUGACGUCACAGGAUACGCAGAUAAAUCGAUCGAUAUGACGCUUGUCUGUCCUAACCAUGACGGUAAUUCUCUGUUAUACUAUUGCUGUGCAUGUGAAACGGCCGUGUGCAAAGAUUGCACAGAUGUGGAGCACAUUGGUCACAAGACGAUGCUUCUUGAGGAGGCCAUUUUAGACCAGAAAGGUCAAUUAGAGGACUUGGUGACGAAAGCGAGAGACCAGAUUCCUAAUUUGGAAGCAGCUAUCGAAACUGUUGGAUCAGUUACAGCAAAUCUUCACGAAAAUAACUCAUUUGCGGAGGAUAAAAUCAAAACUGCAUUUAGCGAUCUACGGAAAAUGAUGGAAGAGAGAGAAACCGCGCUUCUUGGAGAACUAGCGACGAUUUACGACCACAAAAGACUUACUCUUGAAGGCCAAAAAGAGCGCCUAGAGAGUAUCCUAUCUAGAAUGUCUAACUGUUGUGAUGUGACUGAUGAAACCUUAAAAAGUGGAAGUGAAACAGAAAUAUUGCUUAUAAAGAAAGAAAUGUCGGAAAAAUUGAAAGAACUUCCAGCUCUUAGACUUCAAUUUCAGCCCGAGGAGAAUGAAUGUUUGAUUUUUGACCCAAGUCACUUCCAGAGUCUAAAAAAGCUAAUGGUUAAUGUAGGAAAUAUUAAUAGUAAUAGCGCUAUAGCGUUUGAGACAGUUGCAAGUGGUGACGGCCUCAAGGUAUGUCACAUCGGAAGACCCUCUAUAAUUACCGUAACAACCAAGGACAGGAAAGGGGAGUUAAUAAAGAUAGGAUUUGCAUCUCUCUCGGCCGAAAUACGUGAUGAUUCCGGACAUUCACAGUCUCCUGCAAUUAUCGAUCACCAGAAUGGCACGUACGAAAUUUCGUAUACUGUUAAAAAAGAGGCUGUCUAUGAGCUUGACGUCAAGCUUUAUGGUCAACAUAUUCGGGGCUCCCCAUUCAAAAUCAGGGCUCUUUCCGGUGCUGAUGAAGGAUCUGAUCAUCUUGGUAGUUCGUCAAAAAUCCCGAGAACCGUUGUCAAACAAAAGGGUACGAAACGUCUAUCAAGUUCAAGGUCACAUGGAUCAAACCGUCGUAGCAAUCCUAUCGAAGACGACCUGCUGAUGAGGAUUGGCAUCAAAGGGCGAAAUAAGGGUGAGUUUACCAACCCACAAGGUGUGUGUGUGGUGGGAGGAAAGACGCUUGUAGCUGAUAGUAACAACCAGUGUGUUCAGGUGUUUAGUGAAAUCGGCGAUUGUAAACUCAGAUUCGGGACUCCAGGUCGCGUGGCAGGAAAGCUCCAAAGACCCACAGGAGUGACUGCCACACUGAACGGUAACUACCUAGUGGCGGACUAUGACAACAAGUGGAUUAGUGUGUUUUCCCCAGAGGGCAAAUACGUUAACAAAAUAGGAACCGGGAAACUACUGGGUCCCAAGGGGAUCGCCGUGGACAAGAACGGACAUAUCAUUGUCGUGGAUAAUAAAGGAAGUUGUGUUUUUAUAUUUCAAUCUAACGGUAAACUGAUAUCAAAGUUCGGAUCUCGGGGAAACAAUGACUGGCAGUUCGCAGGCCCACACUACGUGGCUGUGAACAAGGAUAACGAUAUACUUAUCUCAGAUUUCCACAACCACUGCAUUAAAGUGUUUGACAGUGAGGGAAACUUCCUCAGUAGCUUCGGAUCAAAUGGGGAAGGCAACGGUCAAUUCAACGCUCCCACCGGAUUAGCGGUAGAUAGCAAUGGAAACAUCCUGGUGGCAGAUUGGGGAAACUCACGGAUCCAGGUUUUCGACAGCACCGGAUCUUUCCUCAGUUUUGUCAACUCUUCCGCCGAGCCUCUUUAUGGACCGCAGGGACUGGCGGUCACAGACGACGGUCACGUGAUUGUAGCCGACUCUGGAAACCACUGUUAUAAAGUCUAUAAAUACCUUCAGUGA